AGGGUGAUUAAAUUACUUGACAGACUGUUUAUUUCAAAAGAAAUUCCUUAUCACUUACAAGUAGUAUUCAACAAAUGAUAAGCGCAUUAAAACCCACGUCGAACAGUCUACUUCUGGAAAAUGUUGUGGAACGUGAUUGUCAGUUUCAUUGUCACUGCCAUCUUUUGUAAGAGCGUCACUGCAAGUCCCAGCAAUCAACAAACGGAAUGCGGACAACGAAAGCAGCUAGCUCGGGAGUUGAUACACCACGGCCACCAAUCCCGAUCGGGAGAAUGGCCUUGGCAUGUCGCAGUGUUCCAUAAAAUCAACGCGCAAGCUGACUCAAGUUACGCCUGUGGAGGUACGACCAUAUCGCGGAAGUUUGUACUAACUGCGGCGCACUGUACUUAUCCCGAGUAUAAGACUCGACCGCUGCGGGCCAAGGAGAUGCUGGUACGGGCGGGGAUUGCGAAUCUGUACAGCUUGGAGCACUCGCUGCAGGAGGUUGGAGUUGAGGAGAUCGUGAGGCAUGCGGAGUUCAACACAAGAACGUUGGAGGAUGAUAUUGCGCUGCUGAAGUUGGAGGUGGAAUUUCAGGUUACGGAUUACGUGAAACCGCUUUGUUUGUGGAGUGGAAGUAGCGUUGAGGAGCUGAUCAUCGGGAAGAAGGGAAGUUCUGCUGGUUGGGGCGAGGAUGAAAAGCAUAAGCUGACUGGCGCGUUGAAGCACGUUCCGAUGUUGAUCGUGUCGAGACGUCGCUGUCGGGAUAGUGAUCCAGACUAUUACACGAGAUUCCUGUACGAUCGGAAGAUGUUCUGCGCUGGGUUCCGGAACGGAUCUACACCGGCUUCCGGAGACAGCGGAGGAGGGCUGUACAUCGAGGGGAAGGACGGCAAGUGGGGACUGCGAGGGAUUCUGAGCAACGGGAAGAUCGAGGCUGAGACUCGGUUGGUGGAUCGGAAGAGCUUCGUUGUGUUUGUUGAUGUGGCGUAUUAUCUACCAUGGAUUAGGAAGAGCACCAACAUCAGUGCGGAUGGAGAGGACACGGCGCUGUUCAACCAGGACUUCUCCACGUGUGGUUUGCUUCCGGAGGUCAGACAACAACGACCGUGGCCUUGGCAGGGGGAAGUGUAUCGGAACGCUAGUGGAAUACAUCGGUUGUGUGACGUAGCGAUCAUCAGCGAGCUGUUCCUCGUAUCACCAGCGAAGGUAUACCGGAAUGCUGAGAUUCGAAAUCCUUCCAGGUUGAUUCUGACCUUCAAGAUUCUGGAGAAGGGAAGGUAUCGCUUGUUACACCACCAACGAAUACGACACGAGAAAUUCGAUGCAGCUAGUGGCAGGAACAACAUAGCUUUGCUGGAGCUGAUCUCUCCCUUGAAGUUCACUGAGAUGUUGCGUCCGAUAUGUCUGUGGAGAGGUGAUCCGAAGGAUCUUGUUGUAAACAAUACCAAUCUUGGACGAUCAGUGGACAAACUUCAGAUGAACUGUACCCUCGGAAUCAACUACAUCUGCAUUGAAACAAACUCUCCACCAACUUUGAACAGUACAUUCUACUUUGAAGAUGAAGAAUUGUGGUAUCUACGAGGACUCACAACCACCAUAUCUCAAGAAGAUCAACCUAAUAGCAUUCUUCUGCUAGACGUCGCACGCUACACAGGGUGGAUCGAAAACAACACCGUUUUCCGCACGAAAAACCUGCUCAACAAUGUUGAUUGCUCCUUACCGUUCAUCAAUGACUACACGUUCUUAUCUACAAGAGCUGGUGAAAUGAAAUGCUUUGCUACGCUCGUCAGUCCAUCACUCAUGCUGACUCUAGCUUCAUGUCUUGAGAACUCCUCUGUUCCGGAUUUGUACGGCACAAGUGGUGACCAAUCCUCUCAAAUCAUAAAGAUCUUCUUUCAUCCUUCAUACAAUGGCUCGACCAGACCUAACAAUCUUGCCAUCGUUCAGCUCGACAGACCUCUGGACACCACUCCCUUCUGCAUUCUUUUCGACUCCUCCCGAACGGGUUCCCGACUCAGACUUCUUCUCCCCACCAAAGGUCCCAAGAAGUACUUCUUUGACUUAGACGAAAGUCAACCCUGCAACGAGGGGACCAUCGAUCACUCCCAGCUGUGGGUGGGUCGAGCAACAAUUGGCCAAAACGAAGGCCAAUUAAAUCGAGCUCGGAAUCGUUUCUAUCUGUGGGGCGUUAAGCUUCGUCCUUUGGCCAGAUAAAAUGGAUUACUUCUUGGAAGCGGGAAAAAACAACUCUGCUCGAUACUAAAUCCUUCCUCAAUGUAAUGACCCACUUUUGGCGAGAAGGCGGCAGGGAAAUUCGGGUGGAAAACGGUGGUUCCUUCGAGCAAGAAAAGCCAUUCGGUUUAAUUAAUCAAUUAUGUCUGGAUCGUUCAGCAUAGAUUGGGGGAACGUGGGCAAGAAAAUGCAGGAAAGUCACUUUUUGCUGGUGGUCUUUAAGCGGCCAUUAGGAUGGCUCGAUUUCGGAUGAAGAUAUGGAAUGGUAUCGAGAUGAUUACGGUUCUUUGGUGGCAUAUUUGUUAAAUACUAUUUUCUAAAAUAGCUUAAACUAAUUGUAUCAUAAUUUCUAUUAGGAUAUAACAAAAUAUAUCAAUUUUGCGAAUAUUUCAUGCCACGAUACUGAAACCUCCACUUCGAUUAACCAAGUUCAACCAACUGCUACAAAUCAAAGACUCAAUAUCCGCUCGGGAAACCCCAUCGAAACUCGAUUGUUUCUGCUCGACGACGACGUCCAUAAAUAAGAUGCAAACGCCUUCGCCGCAUGCAUAAAUCUGCCACUUUCCUGGAACCGGAAUCCAAUCCUAGGCCACAGCUGGAGCCCGUCGUCGGCAUCGUGUCCUUUAACCGUCGUCGCGUCAGUAACAAGAAAAAAAAGUUUGGCCCUUUCAAUAUCUUUAUCGGAGAGGUCGGAUCCUUCGUCGACGACGAGUUCGAUGAACCUCGUGGAUUUCUUGGAAAAUAAUUAAAUCAUUAAUCAUUAAUGGUUAUUUCAUCAAUAGAAAUUCAAUUUUCCAUAAAAGCUUCUCAUGACGUGAAUCGCUGAAUGAUUUUCGAGCAAAAAUAACAGCAAAUUUCUCGGAAAGUAAACGAUAUUGCUCCGGCCAGAUUCAAUUAUCUGACUAACCAACCGUAAAUAAAUAUAUACAUCUCAAAAGUCCCCGGCAACAGCGUCGUCGUCGGCGGUGCUGACGUCGACCUCGUCGGAUCCUCUGGGGCCGGUCGGUGUUGUUCGACAUGCUCCAGUAGACCAGCAGCGUUUUCGGGGUCGUCAUCGUCGUUAAUGCCCCGAGGUCACCAACCAACCCCAUCGAACAGCGGCAACUUUGGCCGAAACCACUUUAUUAUGACCCUGUGAGGCUUCCUGGAAGAUGGGUUUUGCUUUCCCGCGAAAGCUUUACUCAGCUGUGUUGUUCUGGUUGAUUCGCGGAAAAUCUGUAGCGUUUUCAUUUAAAUUUGACUGUUGAUUCAAUACUAUAAUAACUUUCAACAAUGCUGCAGUGACCACCGUUCCUAAAUA